AUGGCUCGACGUGAAGCCGCGUCUGAUUCUACGCAGCCCGCCGGAGCCGCCGGGCCAGAGGAACGUCUAAUUCAGCUGCGCUUGCUCGUCGACGAACUGACCGAAGAGGAACGUCGACACUUUCGCAUCGACCACUCGAUCGUCAACACUGCCGAGCCCUUCAUCGCGUUUGUGACCGAGUGGACGCGUCAGCACUUUAACUGCACCCGCAACGAAGCCUUUGAGCGAAUGAAGCGUGGUUCCGACCCGAACGGAUUGCCAAUCACUUUGAUGAUUCGCGCCGUGAUCGAAUACGCCAUGCCGGCCAGCCGUGGCCUCGAACCAGCGAUGAUCGCCGACUUGGGUGAGGAGACCGCCCGCCGAUACCUCGCCGAGAUGAACCGCAUCCGCGAUCUCGCCAUAGAUAACCCAAACGCCAUGGCAGGCAUCAUGCAGUUCGAAACGCUCAACCUUCCUCGAGACGUCAGGCGCAAGUACUUGCUGACCCGCGAAACCGCUGAGGCUCAUUGGGAGGCUUACCUGCGAGUCAUCACCGUGUGUCGCUUGACGCACAUCUGA